AUGGGGCUCAAGGCUCGCAGGGCGGCGGGGGCGGCCGGCGGCGGCGGCGGCGAAGGGGGCGGCGGAGGCGGCGGGGCCGCUAACCCAGCCGGAGGGGACUCGGCGGUGGCAGGAGACGAGGAGCGGAAAGUGGGGCUGGCGCCAGGAGAUGUGGAGCAAGUCACCUUGGCGCUUGGAGCCGGAGCCGACAAAGACGGGACCCUGCUGUUGGAGGGCGGUGGCCGCGAAGAGGGGCAGCGGAGGACCCCUCAGGGCAUCGGGCUCCUGGCAAAGACCCCCCUCAGCCGCCCAGUCAAGAGGAACAACGCCAAGUACAGGCGCAUCCAAACUUUGAUCUACGACGCCCUGGAGAGACCGCGGGGCUGGGCGCUGCUCUACCACGCGCUCGUGUUCUUGAUUGUCCUGGGAUGCUUGAUUCUGGCCGUGCUUACCACCUUCAAGGAGUACGAGACCGUGUCUGGAGACUGGCUUUUGCUGCUGGAAACAUUUGCUAUCUUCAUCUUUGGAGCUGAGUUUGCCUUGAGGAUAUGGGCCGCUGGGUGUUGCUGUCGAUACAAAGGCUGGCGUGGACGGCUCAAGUUUGCCAGGAAGCCUCUGUGCAUGUUGGACAUCUUCGUGCUGAUUGCCUCUGUGCCAGUGGUUGCCGUGGGAAACCAGGGCAACGUCCUUGCCACCUCCCUUCGAAGCCUCCGCUUCCUGCAGAUCCUGCGCAUGCUUCGCAUGGACAGGAGGGGUGGCACCUGGAAGCUCCUGGGUUCGGCUAUCUGUGCCCACAGCAAAGAACUCAUCACUGCCUGGUACAUUGGCUUCCUGACACUCAUCCUUUCUUCAUUUCUUGUCUACCUGGUGGAGAAGGAUGUGCCGGAGGUGGACGCACAAGGAGAGGAGAUGAAAGAGGAGUUUGAGACCUAUGCAGAUGCUCUUUGGUGGGGGCUGAUCACACUGGCCACCAUUGGCUAUGGAGACAAGACACCUAAAACCUGGGAAGGACGUCUGAUUGCUGCCACCUUUUCUUUAAUUGGUGUCUCCUUUUUCGCCCUUCCAGCGGGCAUCCUUGGCUCAGGACUGGCACUCAAGGUACAGGAGCAGCACCGUCAGAAGCAUUUUGAGAAGAGAAGGAAGCCAGCUGCUGAACUCAUCCAGGCUGCCUGGCGAUACUAUGCUACCAACCCCAACAGGAUUGACCUGGUGGCAACCUGGAGAUUUUAUGAAUCAGUUGUUUCUUUCCCAUUCUUCAGGAAAGAACAUCUGGAAGCAGCAGCCAGCCAAAAGCUGGGUCUCUUGGAUCGGGUUCGCCUUUCUAAUCCUCGUGGUAGCAAUACUAAAGGAAAGCUAUUUACCCCUCUGAAUGUAGAUGCCAUAGAAGAAAGCCCUUCUAAAGAACCAAAGCCCGUUGGCUUAAACAAUAAAGAGCGUUUCCGCACCGCCUUCCGCAUGAAAGCCUACGCUUUCUGGCAGAGUUCUGAAGAUGCUGGGACAGGCGAUCCCAUGGCAGAAGACAGGGGCUAUGGGAAUGAUUUCCUCAUUGAAGACAUGAUUCCCACCCUAAAGGCUGCCAUCCGAGCUGUCAGAAUUCUACAAUUCCGUCUGUAUAAAAAAAAAUUCAAGGAGACAUUGAGGCCUUAUGACGUGAAAGAUGUGAUUGAGCAGUAUUCCGCCGGACAUCUUGACAUGCUUUCCAGGAUAAAGUACCUUCAGACAAGAAUAGAUAUGAUUUUCACCCCUGGACCUCCAUCCACUCCAAAACAUAAGAAGUCUCAAAAAGGGUCAGCAUUUACCUACCCAUCCCAGCAGUCUCCAAGGAAUGAGCCCUAUGUGGCCAGGGCCGCCACAUCAGAAACUGAAGACCAAAGCAUGAUGGGGAAGUUUGUAAAAGUUGAAAGACAGGUCCACGACAUGGGGAAGAAACUGGACUUCCUCGUGGACAUGCACAUGCAGCACAUGGAGCGCCUGCAGGUGCAUGUCCCAGAGGACUACCCGACGAAGGGGGCCUCCUCCCCAGCGGGGGAGAAGAAAGAGGACCACAGGUACUCUGAUUUGAAAACCAUCAUCUGCAACUACUCAGAGACAGGCCCCCCCGACCCUCCCUACAGCUUCCAUCCGGUGCCCAUCGACAGAGUUGGCCCCUAUGGGUUUUUUGCACAUGACCCUGUGAACCUGACCCAAGGGGGUCCCAGUUCUACAAAGGCUCAAUCCGCCCUUCCCUCCUCGGGAAGUACAUAUGCAGAGAGGCCCACAGUGCUGCCCAUCUUGACUCUUCUGGAUUCAUGUGUAAGCUACCACUCCCAGACAGAACUGCAAGGACCCUAUUCAGACCACAUCUCACCCCGCCAGAGACGCAGCAUCACUAGGGACAGUGACACGCCUCUGUCCCUCAUGUCCGUCAACCACGAGGAACUCGAGCGAUCUCCAAGUGGCUUCAGCAUCUCCCAAGACAGAGAUGAUUAUGUGUUUGGUCCCAGUGGGGGAUCAAGCUGGAUGAGGGAGAAGCGGUACUUGGCUGAGGGGGAGACGGACACAGACACAGAUCCCUUCACGCCCAGUGGUUCCAUGCCUGUGUCAUCCACCGGGGAUGGCAUUUCCGAUUCCGUAUGGACCCCUUCCAACAAGCCCACUUAGAAGGGGUCACGGGCUGGCUCCUGCUACUGUAGACAGACUUUGUACAGCUCACUUACUCUCACCUCUAGCGCUUACAGUGGGGACUCCAGUGGCUAUGUCAAGCGCAUGCAUGUGCGCAGUAGCCCCCCGGCAAGGAGGGGCUUCUCAUGGCCUUCUUCUUCCCCAUAACACUGCAACAAAGUCGCUUCCUUUUCAGCAUGGUUUGCAUGACUUGACACUAUAUAAAAGGCACUGUUAAUCUCUUCUAGAUACACAUUUAUCUGCUCUUCUUACUUUUAAUGAUGAUUGAACAAGUACAGGGAGACUUAUUGAUGAGCUGUGCUAUUUGUUUGGUUGGCUGGUUUGGGUUUUGAUUUGGAUAAACUGGGAGCAUAGU